UAGAUGGACCUUUGUUGACAAAGUAAUGUCUCUGCUUUUUAAUAUGCUGUCUAGGUUGGUCAUAACUUUCCUUCCAAGGAGUAAGCGUCUUCUAAUUUCAUGGCUGCAGUGUACAAGGGGUCCCUUUUACCUGUAUCUUCUCCACGUUCAUUAUUUCUUUUCAGUAAUAGCCAUUCUGGCAGGUGUGAGGUAGUAUCUCACUAUGGUUUUUUUUUUUCUCACUGUGGUUUUGAUUUGCAUUUCCAUUAUAAUUAGUAAUGUUGAACAUUUUUUCAUGUUCCUAUUGACCAUCUGUGGAUCUUUGGGAAAAUGUCUGUUCAGAUCCUCUGCCCACUUUUUAAUUGGGUUCUUUGGAGUUGCUUUGUUGUAGUUGUUAGAGAGGAUAUUUUUUCUUAAACAGGGGAAAGUGCCUUAGUCUGGGCCAUGGAUUGGAUGGAACCAAUAAAUCCUUGCACAUGAAGGCAGUCAGCGUAUCUUGUCACAUGUGUUUACAGUGCUGCUCAUUUAGCAGAUGGACCAGCUCCAUUUUCCUUCCAAAAGAUUUCAGCCCAGAUCUUAGAUGAUUUGUUACCCUGUUAUGCAAGGACACUGAGAUAAAGCCUAUGAAAAAGACAAGAACGUUCAGAAUAAAAGCAGAAGGGACUGGGGCCUGAAAGGAACUUUUUCUGGAUGUGCUCCCAACUGUCCACACUUGCUGUUCACUUUAUCUUUUCAUUUUGACCUCUAGAGUUGGCUAGAGUACAUCUAGGUAGCCAGAUUUCAUUUAGCAGAGAUUCAGACUUCUGUGAAAUUACAUCCUAGUGGAUUUGUUUUAAUCCUAAAUUUUUCUGUAUUUCUCUGAUUUUGUUCCACAUAGAAUUUGAAGCAGGCAUGUGUGCUUGGACAGCAUAUUUUUCCCUCUUAAAUGGCAGGGUUCUGUUCCUGCUGGGCUGAGAAGGCUUCCUCGUGGUGGGCUGUUAAAGCAGAUGAAGGAACACCAAAGGCACUUAAGAAACCUCGACCGUUUCCACUUCUUGAAUCACAGGUUUCCGCUGUAAAUUACUUCACUGUUCAUAAAUCUUUGCGUACUUAUACCAUUCUGGUUUUGGUUGAAAACUUGCUCUGAGAUAAUUAGCCUAUGCUUAUUUAACCUCCCUCAUUCCCGCCAUUCCUUAGACUCCAUAACUAAAUUCAAAGAGUUCAUGUGUUUUGGAUAUUUUUUACUGUCUGAGCCACCAGGGAAGCCCUUUGGGAUAUUUUUAACAAAUUUUUCUUUUCCUCUGUGUACGUAGAGCUGAUCACAGUUUCUUCUACAAACAAAAUUCGGUGUAGUUUGAAAGUUGGGCAUUUCUGAUUUAUUACUUUAUGUAGCUAAUAAAAUCACAAAAAUCCAUGAGAAGAGUUGAUUUAGUCAUGUAAUUUUAGUCAAAAAAAAAAAAAAAAAGCUUUGUAUUUUAAAUACUUUAGCCAAAAAUUAGGUGGUGAAUUAUAUAUGUGCUGUGUCCACAUAAAGCCCUUUCUUUGUGAAGUGAGAAUGUAUUGUGAAGAAGAGUACAUACUGUGAUAGUACCAAGAGUAAACAAAGCCCUUGGCCUGCUUAAAUCAUCUGUCUUUGAAUAUUUAAAAUUUAUUUGUUUUUCUGGUCUCGUUUUAUAGCAGAGUCCUCAAAAUUUGUUUUAGUUACCCAUUUCUAUACAAUAGUUUACCCCCAAAUUUAUCAGCUUAAAAUAGCAAACAUUUAUUAUCUCACAGUUUCUGAGGAUCCAGGAGCAGCUCAGCUGAGUGGAUCUAGACCAUGGUGUCUCUUGAAGUUGCAGUCAAGGUAUUGGCUGGGGCUAGAGGAUGCCUGGCUGUUCGCCUAAGGCUUCAUUCAGUUCCUCAUCAGGAAGGCCUCUCCAUAGCGCUGCUUCAGCACAGCAGCUAGCUACCCCAGAGUGAGUGAGUGAAGAGAGCGAAGAGCACUCGGAGGAUAGAAGUCUGAAUCUGAAGGGAUCUGCCAUCGCUCUGCCAACGUUCUGUUGGUCACACAGGUAUAAUAGCAAAAACUUAGAAACAACCUAAACGUCCAUCAGUUAGGAUAGAGAUGAACUGUGACCAUGUGAUGGAACACUACACAAUAGUUAACAUUAAUGAAGUGAGUCUAACUGUAUGUUAUCAGUUCUGCUAGAGCUCAAAUAACGUUGAAUGUAAAACAAAAAUCAUUCUGUUGUCUUUGUAGGAAAUGUUUAACUACUCACAGUAGAUACUAACUUCAUAUAGUUAUGUGAAGUUAUGUGAAGUUCUUAUGUUUCUGGGAUGAUGGUGGAAGAGAAAUAAGAUUUAGAGACAUGAAGGAGAAACAGAAGGGACACCAGCUUUAGCUGAUAUAAAUGCUUUCUUUUUGUUUAAAAGCACAUAUGGCAGAAUUUAAUACUUGUUCAUUUGGGAUGACAGGUAUAAGAGUGUUGCCUAUAUUGUCUUAUAUGCUUGUGUUUGAAGAAAAGAAUUCUGAUUAAAUAGACCAUCUCUGUAGGAGUGGCAUAUUUUACCUAUGCAGGCUCCACUGUGACCAAAGUGUUGGCUCCAGUUGGACAGGUUUCAGUUGAGUAACCUAAAAUCACUGUCUUUAUUUUGCUCUGUAUUGUGCCUUUUUUAAAAAAGAGCUGUUUUUGAUACAGAGAAGAUUAGCAUGGCCCCUGCGCAAGGAUGACACGCAAAUUCGUGAAGCGUUCCAUAUUAAAAAAAAAAAAAAAAAAAAGCUGUUUUAAAUUCAUUAAUACCAUUUUAUGAAAUGCUGUCAUUCUUGUGGGCGAAGGGACCAUAUUACAUACAGAAUUUCAGCAGCUGGGCCUCAGGCAGGCUGACAGUAUUCCUGAUAUUUGCUGCUUUGGCGGGAGUUGCUGUGAAAGUGAGAAGGAAUUCUUAAUCAAGCAAGCUCUUUUGUGUCAUCAGCUAAGGAAGGAGCUCACUGAGGCAAACAAGUUGCUCUUGGCCUCCCGGUCUCCCAGAAGCCUCUGCCGCAGCCUCCCCUAGAGCUGCAGCCUCCUAGUUGCGUGGAGGUAUUGGCUGGGGCAGUUCGUGUAUGGAGGUGGUGACCAGAAGUCUUAAUGUAGGAAAAUCAAGUCUCUGCUAGUCUGUCUGUCCAGCAACAGUGAGCCAAGCUGGGUGUUCCAGAGGAAAUUGACUAGAAAGCAGAGAAGGGUGACUGAUUCUUGGCUCCAGAUGAUUACAUGCCCGGCAUGACUGUUGCCAUUAUCUUCUGAAUUGUCAAGGGAAACUGGAAAUUGGACUUUAUGUUCACUUUCCAGAUAAAAGGGGAGGGGAGAAUGCAGUCUGUGAAGCAAAUAAAACAUGUCUGCAGGCUUUUUUUUCUUUCUUUUUUUUUUUUUGCCAGUGUGACUAACAAGCUGGCAACCUCUGUUCUAAUCAGGCCUAGAUUUGUAAAGUACCAGAAGUGACUUAUGCCAGAGUUGGACUUAGAACAAUAAAAAUGUUCCAGAAAUUUUGGAACUAGACCUAGGGUUGCCAACACUUUAUUUUGUCCAGCAGUAACAUUUUAAAUUUUUAUUAAAAACAAACCACAGCUACUAUUUACUUUCACUCUGAAAAAUAGGAUGCAUCUAAUAGUGGUCUGCAGUUCCUUAUGAAACCGUGGAAGAAGCCAGAUUUGUUUUGGAAUUGAAAGUUUGUACAUUUUGAAAGGUAAUGUGAUGCAUAUACCUUCAUAAUAACAUGUAAAAUUUUUGCAGUGAACCAUAUGAAUAUUCAACUAAGUGGAAUAAGUGAAAGCUAUAAAUAACCAUGUGUCAGUUCAGGACAGGAUUAUCUGCCAGAUGAGUUUUGAUGCCAAACCAAAGACUUGGUUUUCAGAGCUUUUUGGAUUCUGGGACCUGUAUCAGAAAAAAAAGAACAAACCAAAAAGCAAACAGAAGAACAGUCCUUUAAAUGGACUAACUCUGUGAAGCCCUCAGCAUGCUGCCCUUAUUUUUUUCAGGUCACCCUACACCCCCGUAGACUGCCCUUAGAGUUGGACAUUUGGGAGCUUCUUUUGUGGGCCAAGACAAAUCUUUAUAUGCUUCCCCACUUUCAUUUGGCUCCCUCUUUCAACGGGAAGCACACAGCCAGCCUCAUGUGGCAGCAUCUCCUGUAACAGACAGUGUUCCUUGCCACCAAGUUCGAAGUCCUUGUGUCUCCUGACUGCACGGGUCCCACUUCCACCUGUUUGCCCCCAGAACUCACCUCCUCCUUCUGUGACUACUCUGCAGCCAGGGAAUUGCACCCACCCAAGCCAGCCUGAGGUCCAAUGAGCUGGCUCCCUCAAACUGUCCCUGCCAUGUGACAAGCCCGCCUCCCAGUCUGAGGCUCCUCCUCCAGACACCAGUGCUUCGUCAGGAUACUCAGAAAUGGCUCUCGGAGGAUCUGCACUGCAAAGAGUGUGGUAGGAUUGGUCAGUUCGAAAUAGCUUCCUCCAUGCCUCCUAAGGAAGCAUCAACUGAACCGCUAAGUCAUACUGACGCCUCUCCUUUCAGAAUCAAAUGACUAUUCCAGGGAGCGGCUGGAGAAAUUGGUAGGGGGCAAGGCUCUGACAGGCCUUGAAGGAAAGAUUUGAGCUUUUGGGAGGAUGUUACAGGAAGGCACUGCAGUGGGGAAGGGAGAAAAAUGCCAGGUGUGUGAGUGGUUUCGUGCACACUGGAGCAAGGCCUGGAGGAAGAGCCUGGUUUGGGAGGACACCUCACACUUAUUUGAGGUGGAAUAAAUGGUUGAGAUGGAGGGAGCAGGGUGUGCCGAGGCUGCCCCCCCCCCCCAACUGUGCAGAACCAGCAGGCCAGCUUCAGCCAAAAGGGAAUUUAUCAUGAGGCCACAUUCUAUGCAGGGCGUUUCUCGCUGUCUCUCCCAGUCUCCUCCAAAAAUGCCCCAAGCAGCCUCCCUGCCCUCAGCCGGUGGAUUACUUUUUCUGUGACCCUCCUCCUCCCCCCAGCACUUUCCAUCCCAGGGGUCAUCUGUGUGUAGCUUCAACCCCCUAUUAAACUGAGCUCCUCCUGGCAGGACUGUGUCUACUCGCCGCCCUGCCGCGCCCCCCGCUGCCCUGUGAGUUUUCCGAUUUUCUCCAUGUUGACCGUGCUCUGGCCUCCCCGUGGGGAGGUACCAAGUUUCCCCUUCCAAUCUCCUACAGUCCCUUCCAAAAAUUCCGAUCUCAGGCUCUGGGCAUUUAUUGCAUUUUUAUGAUCAAAGCUGUUAUCCAAGCAGGAUGUUUUCCAUACCAGGAAGCUUACGAGGAUCCAGAGUGACUGACGGGAAGAGGAGUGAGACGAUCACAGCUUUCUCCAAUUCCUGGAUUAGAGCCAGGAUUGGAAAGGUCCACCUCUCCCCCCAGCCCUCCCGCCGCUCGGCUUUCUGUGUCCAGGCUGCCCCUGCCCUCCAGCUACUACAAGAGACCAAGAUUGAGAGGCUUGUUUCCCCGCUGCCACUAUCUAGGAGGAUAAAGUUCAGAAGUCACAGGAGACUGUACAUGCCCAAGAUAAAACAGAAGACUACCCUUCACACCUCCCUGUUUCCCUGCAUGGAGCAGGGACAUGCCUCCCGUUCCAGCUGCAUGACCCCCAUCAGGAAUUCGCCCGAAGACACCACCUUCCUAUCCGCCCCUGGGGCCCUUGGCUGCCGAGCUGGCCUGUCAAGCACCUGCAGUCAAGACCUGUGGAAUCUGCUAACAUUUUCAUGCCAGCCUGUCCUGGAGAAAAUGCAGAAACUGACUCAGAGGUGGGGCUCGAAGCCAACCAACUCCUCCCUGGCCCCAUCCUCCAGCUGGCGUGAAUUGCUUUCAGUUCCUCAAACUGCUCUGCACUCUCCUCCUUCCCUCUGCCUUCUGAGGCACAGUGAGGAUAAAUCACUUGGUCACAGCAAGUUAGAACCACUUGGACUCAAGAGGAGACCUCCAGGCUGGAAGCCCUUACACUUCACCCCUGUGACAGAAGAUGAUGUGAUGACAAAGCAGAACAGAAAGAAACUGGAAGAUGCUAUGCUGCUCCCUUUGGAGAUGGAAGACAGAGUCAAGAGCCAGGAGAUGCAGGAAAAGGCGAGGAAACAUUCUCCCCUGGAGCCUCUAAAAGGAACCAGCGCCUUGACCCUAGCCCAGGGAAACUGACUUUGGACUUUCAGCCUCUAGAACCGAAAAGAGAAUACAUUGGUGUUGAGCUAACCACUGCGUUUAUGGUGGUUUGUUAAGCAGCCACAGGAAACAAAUGCAACUUCUGAACCAGUUCAUCCCCAACCAACGGCUCAAUAGCUGUGGUUCAGGACAGCUGACACCUGGUGGGCACAUUGCAACCCAUCCCUGGGGACACCUGGGGCGGGGAGCACAGAGAAGGGCCCGCCUGGUCUGAAGGGUCAGGGAAGACCUCCUGAGCUUGAGCGCACUUCAGCGUAGGCUGGGAGGAAAGGGCAAGGGAUGGUGUCAGGCAAGGAGCAGCGAGUGCAGACGCCAGGAGGUGAGAGAAAGCUCAGUCAUUUGAGGAACUGAAAUGAUUCGGUGUGGCCAGACUUUGAGGGAGAAACGGUAGAAGCGCUGUGGUGCAGUGGGUCGGAGGGCGGGGUGCUUGGGCGUGAGGCCGUGCCUUGCUGUCUCCCAAGUGUGUGAUUUGGGCAAGUAACUUGACAUCUCUGUGCCCUAGUUUCCUCUCCUGCCUGUUGCUAUUUUAUGUGUCUGUUUUCUUUCCCUUCAUUUAUUUAAAAAUUUUUAUAAUUUUUAUACACAUUUUAAAGGCUAUUUCCCAUUUAUAGUUACUACAAAAUAUUGCCUUUAUUCCCUGCAUUAUACAGUAUAUAUCCCUGAGCCGAUUUUAUUGUCGAGCAUUUCUACAGUGUCCCCCACCCCCAACCUGAUGACAUUUUCCUCACAGGGUUCUGUGAGGUAGAAGUGUAUCUAUAGCCGUUGGAACAGUGUCUGGCAGAGGAAGGAUCAGUAAGUCUGUCAUUGACGCCUACCCCUAUCAACAGCAAGGUGGCUCGUUUCUCUUUUAUUGGGAAGCAGCACUGGAUGGAGAUGUUCUGGAUACUGAUGGUGAUGAUGACGAACAUGAUGACAGCUACUGCUUCCUGACCACCUGCUGUCCUCAACCCUCAUUACCUACCUGACUCUGUAAGUGUGAGGUGGGUGUAUCACUGUUAUUCCUGCGUAGCUCAGAUUGGAACCUGGGUCUGAGUCUAGAGGCUUCCCAGGUGGCUCAGUGGUAAAGAAUCUGCCUGCCAAUGCAGGAAACUGGGAUUUGAUCCAGGGGUGGGGAAGAUCCCCUGGAGAAGGAAGUGGCAACCCACCCCAGUAUUCUUGCCUGUAAAAUCUCAAGGGCAGAGGAGCCUGGUGGGCUACAGUCCAUGGGGUCGCAAAGAGCUGGAACACGCCUGAGUGACUGAGGACUGCAUCUAGGAUCUCUGCCUUGCCCCAGCUGCCUGUUUUCCUGGGGGGCGGUAUGGGGCUGUGGCCCAGAGCAGGGGCCCUGGAGUCAGCCCUAUUAAUAGCAUGCUUGGUUAACAUCUCAGUUAACCAAGUUCUACUUCAUGGGACCUCAGUUCCUACUUCAUGGGGUUGUGUGAGAAUUAAAUGUGUCAAAAUGUGUUAGCACCCCGGUGAGCUGUUGCCAUGAUUAUCAUUGUUGUCACCAGAGAAGUUUUGUAUUCUAGAAAGCCACAUGGUCCAGUAGACUCCCUCUGGUCCUAACCAACCUAGGAUUGAAUGGCUGGUCAACCAUCAAGGCCAAGAGAGGUGCAAAUUUCUCACACUUGGAGAACGGGGGGCCCUCAGAGACCUCGUUUUGCUGGGCCAGCCAUGUUCUGAUUGUUCUCUUGUAACUUCUCAAUGAGCUUCUGUAGCCAAGAGCUUUCCCUCUGCUUAGCAAUACUAAGGCUAAUGCUCUGGUUACUGCCAGCCCUUCCCCUCCCCUCACUACUGAAGAUCUAUAUGGAGCUUUUGAACAGGGGAUUGACCUCCAGCUAUUUUGGAAGGGCCUGUCUUCUAUCCGGACUGAUUCUGGUCUGAGCUGAGAGUGUAUUUACAAGCCAAAGUCUGCUCCAAAGUAAACACGCCAUCACAUUCCUCACAGCCUGUAACCUCCGUGGGGAGAAGCUGGGGGCCGUCAUGGAGCGAGGAAACCUUAUCUGACUUCAUUUCAGCAGGAUUCCACUUAGCUUCACUUGGUGGGGUGGGGGACAUGCGGAAAAGAAGGGAACAGAUAGUCUUAAAAUGAGCUGAAUUAAAGAGCACAUUGGAUGCAUUCCCUGCAAUAACAGGUAGAGACUAGGAGAUUUACAAGUGAAGGAGCACACAUUUUAAUGUGGGUGUGCCUUUGCUUUUUUCUACCCAUAAACAUAAAAUGGAUUUGUUUUCUUUCCUUUCUUCCUUCCUUCCUGCAUUCUUCCCUUCCCCUCUCCUUCCUUCCCUUCCUCCUCCCCUCUCAUUUUCUUUUUCUCCCUUCUCUUUCUCAUUAUGAUAUACUUACAGUACCAGCCACACAUACCUGUGCUGUUGUUGCUGUUUAGUCUCUGACUCUUUUGUGACCCCCAUGGACUGUAACCUGCCAGGCUCUUCUGUCCAUGGGGAUUCUCCAGGCAAGAAUACUGGAGUGGGUUGCCGUGCCCU